CCGUACCACAGCUACUUCCGGUGUCUCCUCCGCGCCUCCCCAUGUCGCAGGCGCCGUGGUACUGUCCUCCUGCGGCUGCGCAGAGGCGGGACGCCGGCCGCGCUUACCCAGAACCCCGCACGCAGGAAGAAGCGGGUCCUGGAGGGAGGACCGACCGGGAACUUCCAGGACCCUGUUUAGGUGUCCGAGGCAUGCGCCUGUUCAAAAACAAAGCGCGACACGCCGUAAAAGUCAAGUCAGAUUUUAGAUAAAUUCAAUUAUUUGACAAUAAUUGACACGUGUAUCUGCGUUAAGACUCUCUGAGGUGAAAAUUUAAAAUAUAACCGGACGAGACCCAUCAGGCAGUGACGCGGACGGCCACAGGCUCAAGGUCUGAUGGUUAGGAAGGUGUUGGUGGGCUCCGGGUUCUAAGAGAGAACUUCGCGUCUCCGAACGGUGCGGAGCGCGUUCAGUGGAGUAUCUAAGGGCUGGGCUAUUUUCCGCGACCUUUGUUGCAGGUCAAGAGAGAAGUGCGGAACAGGUGAACGGGAUAACGGAGUUCCAGCCCCGACCAGGAACGGUCACGCCCACCUGCUGGAAGAGGCCGGACUGAAAGGUGUGGGGAGACAGACUGGCGUGGGAACCCGGCCGUAAGAACAGAGAACAGAGCUCGAGGCGAGGAAGAGCAUGAGUGGAGAUGAGCCCCGGAUGGAGGUGUGUCCUUAUUGUAAGAAGCCGUUUAAACGAUUGAAAGCCCACUUGCCGCACUGUAAAAUGAUAGGACUGUCCAUAUCUCCUGAUCAAAAAGUUUCUCAGUCCAAGCCAGCUGCACUUGCUAAAAAAGAGAAGAGGCCUACCAGAGACUUAACCAGAGCUAAAGGCAAAGAGCUAGCGCUAGAAGGUUCGAAAAGAACUGUGAAAGUGGAAACCAGCCGAGCAGAGUGGACAGCUGCAGCCUCUCCACUUCCGGAGGGUGUCUUGGAAAGUGUGCACGCUACAAAUGCAGAAGGAGAAACCAAAGAUCAAAACCAGGUCUCCUUCCAAGCACUCGGACAUGCCGAGCCGGAGGUGACUCUGCAGAGAGCCAGGACCCCUCAGUCUCCCAAGAGACAACUCACCCGAGAUGUGUCUGAGUCCGAGGGAAGUCCAUGUUGUCCCUCAGAGACAGAAGCACCUUCGCUGGUCAGCUCAAUGGAACCUUUUUCUACCAAUCAAGAUAGAAAAUAUCCGUCAGCUCAGCCUCACGCUAAAGGAGCCAUUUCUGCCAGGCUCGAAUUGGACACAGUUGAUCUCCAAAGACAGAAGCUUCGGGUAAAAUUAUUAGAUGUGCCUAUUGGUGAUUGUCAUUCUCUGAAGGACGAUGGCAGCCACGGUGUUCAGAGAGUAGCACCGUCAGUGUUGAGCAGGGAGAAAGGUUCCCAAGAUGGAGGCCACCUCUCGGGAGUAUCUCCCCACCCUGGUAACACCGAGACCCACAAGUCAGAAUCACUCCUCUUGGGCCUUCACACUGGCCUGCUGGGUAAAGCACAGGUCAGAGAGCAUCAGGAGCUUGGCCUUGGGAUGGAGUUAAGCCACAGCAAGAGAAAUACUGAAAACAGGAUUUCUGUCACAGUACAGGAAGGGGCUGGCUUGGGCCACAGUGGUAAGGACCCCAUUACAGCUACAGAGGCAAAGCCACAGGCCGCCCUUGAACUUAGGAAUGUGUUCAUGCCGUCACAGGGAGCUCUGAGUAACCUUCUCUCUGUGUCAGGGUCAGGGAAUCAGAGCCUCUGCUCUCUGGCUGUGACGUCUCCUCCAGAAGAGAAAGCCCAGUUCUGUGGCCAAAGUCAAGUCCCUGCCGUAACCCUCUCAGUGGGAAGUGAAAGGGGUGUUCUGGAACCCACAUCUUUCUGCCAACCCCACGCAGCCCAGGCAGGGCACUGCUUAGUGUCAUACCCAGCUCAGUAUCCUGUUCCUAAAAACUUCGUCAGUCAUGUUGCUGCUGCUACCUCAGAGGCUCCUCCCAGGUCCGUGGGACUGGAGUGGUUUCCAGAACUCUAUCCUGCUUAUGUUGGACUCGGGGUGUUGCCAAGGAGGCCUCAGCCUUGGAACUUAGCAGCUCAGAUGCCUCCUUUUGCCACUUUGCAGGGCAUGACCAUCUCCAAAGUUCCUUGGUGGGGACGAAGCUCGGCUGAUAGCAGGAGUCUGGAACCCCUGGCGCUUACAACUUCCAGCCUCCCUCUAAUGAGACUCUUGGGAGCUGUGCACAAAGGCUGGGUGCAGUGCAACACUACCAUAAAGAAGAGUGGUGUCGGUGGCCUCACAAUGCUCUUUGCUGGCUACUUUGUCCUGUGCUGUAGCUGGAGCUUCAAGCAUCUGAAGCUGCAGCGCUGGCGUAAGUAAAGACGAGCGUGUCCAGGAGCCACCGAGAGAGUGACAGAGGCGACUGAGAGCAGAAGAAACACUUUGAAUUGUACCAGGUCAGGGAGGGUGCAAAUAAUAAAACUGCUGAAGUCACGGC